AAAGUUUAAAAACACUUGUCUUUCAGCCAGCGCGUCAUUUUCCCUACAGCGUCAAGGACAAGAGGCGAAAUGUUGUCUGUUCUCAGGAAAACUGUUACAACGAAUGCCGUUUUGCGGGCAGUUUGCCUAACCCCACUUUCUCAACGAAAAUUGAGCAACGGUCCAUCACAUAUUAAGACGGCACAAGCAUUCGAGAGUAUAUCAGGUGCUCUACUGGCAAAUCCCAGGACAGAAUAUCGAAACAUCCGCGUAUAUCAAGGCAAGAUAAAGGCUGUCAUUCUAGACUGGGCAGGAACAGUGCUGGACUGUGGUGUGUACUCGCCAGCCGUUGUAUUUGUUAAAGUGUUUGAACAAGAAGGAGUGCCAAUCACUAUGGAGGAAGCCCGUGAACCCAUGGGAAGGCACAAGAAGGUCCACAUUCGGAUGAUCACACAAAUCGACACUGUGCGAAGAAGAUGGAAGGAGAAGUUUGGUCGAAGUCCAACUGAAGAAGAUGUGGAAAGAAUGUUUGAAAAUUUUGUUCCAAUGCAACUGGCCUGUUUGGAAGAAUAUUCCGAAAUGAUCACAGGUGCAGUAGACACUGUUAACGUUCUCCAAAAAGACUGGGGGCUAAAAAUAGGGUCCACCACGGGGUUCACAACCCCUAUGGUAGAUAUCCUCAAGAAGAUCGCGGCAGAAAAUGGUUAUGAACCAGAUUGCUAUGUUGCCGCUGACGAAGUACCACAGGCGCGACCAUUUCCUUAUAUGGUAUGGUUGAACGCCAUACGAUUGGAUGUGAAUCCGAUUUCGGCCAUAGUAAAAGUUGAUGAUACAAAAGACGGUGUGCGAGAGGGAACAUCAGCAGGUUGUUGGAGUGUUGGCCUGGCUAGAACGGGAAAUUACGUGGCAUUGAAUGAGGAUGAAAUAAACGAACUGAGUGAGGAGGAGUAUGAACUGAAGAUUGCGAAAUCGUACGAAACCUUGGCGAACGCUGGCGCACAUUACGUCAUUGAUAGUAUUGCUGAACUACCACCCGUAAUUGAAGAUAUCAACCGCAGACUGGCUGCGGGCGAACGACCUUGAACGAUCAUUUGUAGUUGAACACCGCACAAGUUUUUAAUUUUAUUUACGACUUAUAAGAAACUAUAUCUGUUUCUUAGAUUUAAGAUAGUGGCACGUCCCAUUGAUUCAAUUGUUUAGACAUUUUGUUAUGUUUAUUUAUACAGCAAAUUAAGGCGAAUGCUUUUGAUUGAUUAUUGGUAGCUAACAGGGUGAGAACACAAACAGUCGAGUAGACCAGUCACAAUAUUUUAAUGCAGCUGAAUGCAAAAUGUAAAAGUUUGGAACGUGAUUAUGCUUUAGUUAACGCUAUUGCAUUGACGAGAAUAUCAAAAUUAUUUAUGUAAUAAAAAUUUUAUUAUAUCGAACAAGACGAAAUUAGUGAGAAAUUAUCAAGUGUAUGUUAGGAUUUUAUUAUGCAAUUGCAAUAGUAAAACCAUUAUAAUUAAGAUAAUACAAGUUUAACAAUAAAAUCCGAUGAUG